CAUUGGCGGUGUUUCACGUGCUCUUGGUUCUGUUUCUACCAUGGCCUUCGGCAGGACCUCCACCUUAUUACAGCAGACGUACAACACAACCUUUGUCCGGACCAAGAUGAAGACCAACCACUCCGCUGCCAAGAGAUUCAGAAAGACUGCCGACGGUUACAAGAGAGGAAAGUCAUGCCGUUCUCACGGUAAUAUCGGCUGGAGUAUGAGAUUGUUGAACCAGAAGACUGGUGUUGUGCACGUCGACAAGAAGGGCAGAAACCACAGAAAGUUAAGGAAGCUUUUGCCAUACUGGUAACCCCAAAGAGUUAUUGUACGGUGUCUAGGAUCCAGAACCGUGUACAGAAGAGGUGUCUCAUUCCAGGGUUGAACACGGC